AUGUCCCCGAGUGUGGUGAAUAGCCUGAGAAAUGGGAUCCUCUCGGUGCUUGUCGGCGCGUCCUGCACGAGGUUGGCCGUGGCUCAGACGUUCAGCCUAUCGUUCAGUGCGCCGACGGAGUGCGAUGACAUGAACGUUUCAUGGACAGGGGGCACGCCACCCUUCGAUCUGUACCUGACGCCUGUCUACGGGACGCCACGGAACAUUUCUGUACCGGCGUCCGUGUUCAGUAAUGGGCGAGGCGCGUACCAGGUCCAGAUACCUUUCCCUCGAGGGCAGCAGAUGGUGCUGUCCAUGCUGGACGCUACGGGCGUACCGUCCGGAGGGACGUCCGAUCUUCUCACCGUAGGGCCGAAUAUUGGAGGGAACAGGUGCAACACCUCUGACCCGGGCGUUGAUUUCUUUUAUGAGCUGAAUACCCCUCUUGUCCAAUGCCAGCCGUAUACGUUCAGUAAUUACAGCAAUGCCGUGCAACCAGUGCAGAUUAUGGCAAUAAUCCCAGCGAAGAAUCCCAUGCUGCUCCAUCCACCUGUCGGCCCUACCUUGUACAAUUGGACUACCAACAUUACUGCGGGAACGAACGUCAUCUUCGUAGUGACGGACUCCGAGGGCCGUCAAGGGGGCGCCUCGAACGUCUCGACCGUCGGAUACUCGUCCGACUCCUCCUGCCUGACCGUCGCCACCACUUCCUCCGCUCUAGUCCCGCCCACGCAGACAUGGGCGCCCUCCGACGCCUCAGGCAACUCCGGCCUGGCGCCCGGCGCGAUUGCGGGAAUCAUCAUCGGGUGCAUAGUCGCAGUCGCCUCUAUGAUCCUCGUGGCUUGGUUCUUCCUCCGCAGGAGGCGCGACAGUUCUUCUCCGAGACCGAUCGAUAUUGACCUUGCCGGGCACGAGCCAGACCCCUUCCCGCGGAUGAGCCAGCUCACUCCGGGCGCAUACGAACCUACCCCCUUCCUCCUUGAUGCGCCGGGUGGAAGCAGAAGCCGGGAAGAGUCUCCUGCGUCCCCUGUAUCGCCCCCGACACCGUCGGGCAGGACGUCGUACACGCAUGACGAAGAAGGCCAGCGGUACCUCUCGCCGACGUCGUCGUCCCGCGCUAGGAAGGUCACGUCCUCCAGCCGGUAUAGUACGAGUAACAAUACCUAUUCUGAGUAUCCGCCCUCGCGUGUACUGGUGCACCAGGAUGCGGAGGACGUGCUAUCUCCGGAAGAGGAGGAUUAUGUGGAGCUUCCGCCACAGUAUCGUGAAGACAGAAGGCCGCUGUCUUCGGUUCCCGGGCUGCCGUAUGCGGACGAUGUUAACUCACCGACACCAUCUGGGUCAAACCGCGGGGAAAAGUAG